AUGAAUCAUGUAUUAAUAUAUCAAGACCAACAACAAUGUCUUCAGUAUAUUGAAUCUCUUUUAAAAGAUGAACGAAUUAUUUUGAUCGUGAAUGAAAAUUUAGGUCGAGAAUGUCUUCUUCAAAUAUCUCAAUUUCAUCAAAUCAUAUCUAUUUAUAUUUACUGUCCAAAUAAACACGAUCAUGAACAAUGGACACAACAAUAUUCCAAAAUCAAAGGCGUAUUUGAUCGAUUAAAUAAUUUAAUUCAUCAAAUACAAUCCGAUCAAUCUCAACGACAACAUUAUAAAUUUGAUGAACCAUUAUCAAUCGGUAUAUUUAAUUUAAAUGCUCGUGAAGAAGGACAAUCAUCAACUAAAUUAAAUGAUGAAUUUAUUCAUUAUCAAUUAUUAAUUGAUUGUAUACUUCAAAUGGAAUCAUCAUCAAACGAAAAACAAGAACUUAUUGCUCUAUUUAAACAACAAUAUAAGAAUAAUCCUAUUGAAUUAAAAUGA